AUGAUAUUUUAAAAUUUCUAUAACCUAUUAUUUUUCCUAUUUCUAUUAAUACGCAGUCAGGAACUCUCAAAAAAAUGCGUUUGUGGACAUGCUCGUAGUUAAACUUCAUGUGAAAACUCAGGUUUAUGCAUCUGGUAGAAUGGGGUGUGUGUUUUAAACAAUGCUAGAACAUACAUUGAAGAGAAUUAAGAAGAGAAAUUAUGCAAGAAUUUUGCAGAAGAAGAUUGUAGAAUAUAAAAGUAAUGUGGUUUUUAUUUGGGUCAGUGUAAUAACUUCAUCGAUUGUCUAGUAUUCUAAAAAGAUGAAUGCUAACAAUCUUCCUAUAGGUGUGUUUCUGAUGGCACAAAGUGUGUAGAAAUGUUGGAAUGUAAGGACUACAAAACCGAGAUAGGAUGCUCUAAUAAAAAUUCAAAUGGCGGAUAUUGUUUUUGGGUAAAAGAAAUGAGGCAGAAGUGUAGAGAAGUUAUUAUAUGUGAAGAGCUACCAAUAUAUUUGACUAGACAUGACAUGUGUAAGUAAGGUCUAGAUGGGUGUACGGUUAAUGAGCAAGGAUAUGGAUGUAUUAAAUAAAAGGACUUAUGCACUUAAUACUUCAAAGACUUUUAAUGCUUUGAAAGUAAAUAAAAAACCUAAAACUGCUUUUGGGAUAUAAAAAAUGGCAAAUGUGUUGAAAGAAUAUGCGAAAAUCUACCUUUUACUUAUGAUUAUGAAUGUAAAUCAUAUUUAAGUGAUUGUACAUCAAACGGGAUUCAUUGUAUAGAAAGGAAGUAAUGUAGUGAUGCUCAGAAUAAGUUUGGUUGUGUUACAGAUGCCUAGGGAAACAAGUGUGAAUAUCAUAAAAAUUAAUGUAAAAUCAAAACCUGUGAAACUGCUUUGGAUUCACUUAAAAAUUAUCAAUAAUGCUAAGAUUAUGACAAUUUGUUAGAUUGCGUUACCUCUGAAAAUGGAGGAUGUAAAUAAAGACCUUAAACAUGUGGAGGUUAUGUAAACGAAGUAGAUUGUUAUUCAAUUAAAUAAUAAGAUUGUAUAUGGUAAAAAAAUAAAUGCGAAAAAAGAGAAUGUAAUCAUGCUCCACUUUAUUUUAGUUAAACUGAUUGUAAGCAAUAUGGAAAUUGUAUAGGCAAAGUAGAUGGUGGAUGUUAAUAGACACCAAACGUUUGUGAAGAGAUUUUAUUAGAAUAAUUUUGCGAAUUUAAUUAUAAUAGCGAACGUUGUAUUUGGCUUCAAGGGAAAUGUACAUUACUAGAAUGUAAUAAAUUGAAAUUGCCAACUUUCAAAAAUCAUAUAAUGUGUUAAGAGGCAAGUUCAAGUUGCACAUUUAAUCUUGAUAAUUUUGGUUGUAAAGAUUAUAUAUGCGAAAAUAUUUAAGAAAUUGAGUUUUGCUAGAUUGAUUCAAAAGGGAAAGUUUGCUAAAUUAAUUAAGGAUGUAUAGACAAAAAAUGUCUUACUGCUCCACCAAAUUAUGAGAGCAAUUAAUAAUGUGAAGAGUGGUUACCAUUUUGCACAGUUAAUGUAUAAGAAUUAUCAAAUUCUAAACUAUUGAUAGGAUGUGUUGAUAAAAAUAAUUAAUGCGAAUUGGCUUAAGAAGAACAAUGCUAUUCUACAUUUUAGGGAAUUAAGUGUAAAUGGGAUAAAGUAGGUAACUUGUGUAUUUAUUCAAUUUGCACCGAUGCAGAUCCUAACAUAUAUUUAACAAAUGUAGAUUGUAACUCAUAUAAAGUGUUGGAGGGUACUUGUAUUAUAGGAACUCCUGGCUUUGGAUGCUAACUAUGGCCGAAUGCUUGUGACGAUUUGAUAAGUUAAUAAUAGUGCGAAGUAAAUCUUUAAGAUGGAACCAAAUGUUUUUGGACUGGUAGUUUAUGUAAAUUAUUAGAAUGUUCAGAUGCUUCUCCACUUAAUUAUACAAAUAAUUUUGAAUGUAAUUCUUGGCUUGAUUAUUGUAUCUUUAAUCAUAUAUUGGGAGGCUGCAUGAUCAGACCUAGUUAUGUUGAUUGUACUUCCUCUCCAAAUGAUAUUAUGUAUGAUACGCACUUUGAAUGUUAAGCAUGGAAUCCUAAAUGCACUGUGAGCUCAUCUUUUAAUUCAGAAGGCUGUGAAUUGAAAAAGGCAUAAUGUUCAGACUAUAUCAGGUAAAGAAAUUGCAAAACGAAUUUGGCUGGUUAACAAUGUUUUUGGAAUGAUUUUGACCAAAAAUGUCUGGAUUAGAGUGGUGAUGACGAUUGUAGCGCCAGAAUAUAUGGAGAUUUAUCACAUGAAAAUUGCGAAAAUUUUCUAAAAAAGUGUACAGUAGGAAAUAUUACUAGAUCUUGUACAAAUCUUUUAGAUAAUUGUGAUUAUUUAUUAGAAUAACAAUGUGUAAUCACAAGAUAUAGAUAACCUUGCAAAUGGGAUGCAAAAAAUCACAUUUGCAAAAAUGUUCUAUGUAGUGAUAAUAUGACUGCUCAAACUGAAGUUGAAUGUUUAUAAUUUAAAUUCUAUAGAUAGUGUCAAUUAAAGAUUCAUUCUUCCGGAUAGUUUGGACCUGGAUGUGAGGAUAGACCAUAUUUUUGUCAUACAAUUACGGAUCCUUUAAUAUGCAAAUUAACACUAACAAUAGAAAAUCAUAGAUGCUAUUAUUUUAAUUUUAGGUGUUAAUAUUUAGAUUAUAGAUUGUGUGAAGUUAUCUAAGAUAGUAAAAGCAAUGAGGAUUGUUAGUUAUACAAUACCUUAUGCGUACUUUAAUCAAGUGGAUAAGGAUGCUACUCUAUUUUGAAUUGUUCAGAUUUAUCUAAUAAUGUUUGUAAAAGUGCUAUAAUGAAAUUUAAUAAUAAGUGCAACUAUUAUGGCGGUUGUUACCUAAAUCAAUAUUGCAACUAUUAAUCAAUUGGUAAUUGUGAAGGCAGAAAAGCAGGAUUAGGGUAAAGAUGUCAUAUUUUAUGCGAAGACUCUAAUUGCGAUCCAUUUUGUGUGAUGCAAAAAAAAGAUUAUCAACCACAAUUUCAAUCAUUUUAAUCAUUUUAAGAAAGGAGCAAAUAAUGUUAGGAUUAUUCAUCAAAUUACAGAUAUGUUACUAGUUGUUAAUGCUGUCAAAGUAUGAAUGAUUGCAGCCAACAAUAAGGUGGAUAAUAAUUAUGUGAUUCAUCAAUUGCAAUUUCAAGUUCAAUUUCAAUAUGUGGAUAUGAUUAUUAGACAAAUACUUGUUAGAAUAGAAUAUGCGAGCAUAUAAGUUACAUUAAUUAUCCUGUUAUUACAGAUUAAAUUUGUUUUGAUUGGAAAUAUGAUUGUGUUCUUAGUGUUUCUGGUUGUAUAGGUUUUACAGGAAAUUGCUCAUUAAUUAAAUUAAUUUAUCAAUGCUAUUCAUUAAAUUGCUAUUGGUAAAGUAGUAAAUGUGUAAAUCAUAUUGAUUGCCAAAUUAAUACAACCGCUGUUACAAAUCGCGAAUGCUUAUUAGUAAACCCUGACUACUGCAGAUUGAAUUACACAAAAGGCUUCGGAUGCGCUCAUUAUAGUUGUUAUCAUAUCAAGGAAGAAACAAUAUGUAAUUCAUCAAAUCUUUACGAUGGAUAAAAUUGUAAAUGGAUAAAUGGCUCUUGUUAAUUUCGUUCUUGCUCAGAUAAUUUACAAUAAUCUGAGUGUGAGAGUAGUUAUUAAAGUUAUUUCUAAGAACUCACCAAAUGUUUUUGGUGUUAGGAUGGUUUAAUAUGCUCUAUUAAUAAAUAUUGCAAUCAAAGUAGUAUGAUUUCACCAAAUUCGCAUCAAGAUUGCAACAAUUUAAAUUAACUGUUAACAAUUCAAUUUAUAUCAAGUGUAAUUUGCAUAAUAAAAAAAUCAUCAUGUUCUAGCUACACUUACAAGGAUGCUUGUGUUAGCACGAUAGAUGGGGUCGAUUGUUAAUGGAGUUCUGGUAUUUGUGAAAAUAAAUGCGAAGCAGUAAUAUCUUCUUCUAACAAAGAAUGUUAUGAUUGGAAUUCUAAUUGUAUGUAUAGUAAUUAAUAAUGCAAACCCUUAGAUUGCUUGCUUUUAACAGUAAUGGUAGAUUGUAAUAUUUAUUCUUCAAAGUGUUUUUGGGAGGGCUCUACCUGCAAAACCAUUAGUGAUUGUAGUAAUUAUUCUACAAGUACUGUAUGUUCAAAUAAUAAUAAUUCAGAAGGUAUUCCAUGCUUCUGGAAUAGUACAUAAUGCAUAGAAAAAACAUGUUAAAAUAUACCUACUACACCAUCUUCUUUCCUAGACUGCAAUAAUUGGAAUACAAAUUGUUAGUUUAAUGCGAAUGAUAAUACAUGUGUAGAAGACUGUACUUCAGCUGAUAAUUCACAUAUCACACAUGAUUAAUGUGAAUCUUAUUAUGUUAACAAAAGCUGCACCGUCAAGCUUGAUCUUAUUUAAUGUGUAAACCUUCCUAUUUCAUGUGGAUUAGCAAAAGAAACAUAAUGUUAUUUAGAUAGAGAUGGUAACUAAUGCUACUACUCAAAAUCAACACAAUUGUGCUUAAACUUAACAUGUUCAAAUUUGGACACAGAUUUUACAAGUCACGAAAAAUGUAACUAAAAAUUUAAAUAGUGUACAGUAAAUACGACAUUGAAUGGAUGCUAAUAGUUGAAUGAUUGCAAUAGUUAUUCAAUCCAAGAAUAAUGUUAUCUUGAUCAAAAUAAUUUUGAAUGUUAAUGGAUUAAGAGUAAAAAUAUAUGUAAAAUAAAGGAAUGUUCAUCGGCCUAAAUCAAUCAAUAUACAGCAUUUAGUUGCCGUUAGUAUUUUAAUGAUUCCUGCACUGUAAACAAAAAUUUAGAUGGAUGCGAAAUUGGCUAAUCCUUUUGUAUGAGCUAUAAUUAUCAACAGUGCAUCAGUGAUGGAUAAAUUAACUUAAAAGGAGUAGAGUGUUUCUGGAAUGAGGAGAGAAAUAUCUGUUAAGAACGAAUAUGCACAAAUGGACCUUCUAAUGCCACAUCUCAUUCUGAAUGUAUACUUUUCCUUUCAACUUGUCAAAAAGGAGGUUGCCGUGAAAAAGGGUGUUUUGAUUAUUAUUAUGCAAUAGAUUCAGCUUGUGCGUCUAUAUUUGAAGACAAGAGAUGCGUAACAAAUGGAUUUCGAUGUGUUUUAAGAAAGGACUGCCAAGAUGUUACUAUUAUCGAUGGAUGUACAUUUGACAUUAAUUUAAAUCCUUGUAUUUGGAUUGAUGAAAAGUGUUAAGCUAAAACUUGCUAGACUGCAGAAGUCACACUUCUUAAAUAUGAGGAAUGCAAUUCAUAUUUGCCAUAUUGCACGGUUAAUUAGGAUGGAGGAUGCACUGAUAAGCAGAGUUGUUAGGAUUAUGAAAUUAAAGAAGCUUGCUAUGCAGAUAGUGAGAAUUUUCAAUGUAUUUGGGAUAUCAAUUUAAAUAAGUGCUUCUCCUAUUAAUGUAUUGAUUACUGUGGUAAUGGCAUAGUUACAAAUCAGGAUGAAUAAUGUGAUGAUGGUAAUUACUUACCAUAUGAUGGUUGUUAUAAAUGUCAAUUUCAAUGUCCAUAAGGAUGCAAUAUUUGUAAUGGCAGAUAGUGUUAAGAAUGUAAUAAGAAUGGAUGGUAAUUAGUUGAAGGUGUUUGUUCAUCAAAAUGUGGUGAUGGUGUUGCAGUUGGAAAUGAAUAAUGCGAUGAUGGAAAUAAUAUUGAAUUUGAUGGUUGCUAUUAGUGUUCUUACUAAUGUAGCGAAAUGUGUGUAGAUUGUUUUCAAGGGCAAUGUAUAUUAUGUAAAGAUGGGUUUGUUGAAGACGGACCAAAAUGUAAAAAUAUAUGUGGAGAUGGGUAUUUAGUAUAGCAAUAUGAAUAAUGUGAUGAUGGAAACCAUUAAAAUAAUGAUGGAUGCACUAAUACUUGUAAAGUUGAAAAUAAUUGGAAAUGCUCAACAGAUCAUAAUUUUAGUUUUUGCUCUUAUGCCAUUCUGCCUAAAAUUAUAUUGACCAAGCUGUCUAAAACGGAUACAACUUAUCAAGAGUUUAAAUUAUCAUUUUCUGAACCUGUGUGUCUUAAUGAAAAAGGCAUUAGUGAAGAACAAUUUCUGCAGUUGAUUUUUGUUCAAAUACAAAAUGUUAAAGAUAACGACUAUGAUAUAGAAAUCAAAUCAAUGAUCUCAAUCAGCACUUAAUUGUCAGAUGUAGCUUAUAAAAUAUUAAUAAAUUUUAAUACCAAUGUUUAAAAUCCUGUUUUAUAAGUCAAAAUUAAUAGUGAAAACAUAGUAAAUAACUAAGGGAACACCUUAUUCUCAAAGGAGGCAAAAUUAGAAUUUAGGUCUUCUUACAAGAUGUCAGCUUAUCAAUUGUCCCUUAUGUCUAAGACUUCCAUGCUGAGUAAGAUUGUAUUGUAUUUCAUCAUAAUUAUAAGUGGAAUUUCUUUUUUAUGUGGGAAUUUAGAGAUUUUAUGGAAUCUACUUGA